AUGUCGGCACAAACUGGCAAGGAAAUCAUCCUUGUCACUGGCGGAACAAACGGCAUUGGUCUUGACACCGUAAUCCACUUCGCCUCCGCCUCUUCAAAAUACCACGUCAUAAUCGGCGCACGCAACCUCUCCAAAGGCGAGACCGUCCUCAAAGACAUCCAAUCCAAGCCCAUCCAAGGAACCGUAUCCCUCAUCCACCUCGACGUCACAGACGAUGCCUCCAUCGAAUCAGCAACCAGAAAGCUCGAACAAGACUUCUCCCACCUCGACGUCCUAAUCAACAACGCAGGCGUCUGCCCGGAACGUGACGAGCAAUGGCCACCCAACCGCGAGUACCUCCGCACAACCUUCGAAACAAACGUCUUUGGCCCAACCCUCAUCACUACCUCCCUCCUUCCCCUCCUCAAGAAAUCCCCUAAUCCCCGCAUUAUAAACGUCAGCUCGUCAAUGGGCAGUAUCGCCAUGAAAUCAGACCACAGUCAUCAGCACGCCGGUGUUCGGUUCCCAGCGUACCGUAUGAGUAAAGCAGCGCUGAAUAUGCUGACGGCGUACCAGUACUAUCAGCUUAAGCCUGAUGGCUUCAAGGUCUGGACUUUUUGUCCCGGGUACGUGGCUACGGAUAUAGCGGAUGAUAGGGAGAAGAGGGUAGAGAUGGGGAUUGAGAGUUCGGAGACGAGUGCGGUGGGGUUAUUGGAGAUUGUCGAGGGAAAGAGGGAUGCGGAUGUAGGAGGGUUUAUUGGGAGGUAUGGGGAGAAGUUUGAUUGGUAA